AUGGCUCGUGUAUUAGUAGGUGUUAAGAGAGUUAUUGAUUAUGCAGUCAAGAUCCGUGUAAAGCCUGACAAGUCUGGAGUAGUCACAGAUGGGGUGAAGCACUCAAUGAAUCCUUUUGAUGAGAUUGCAGUGGAAGAAGCUGUUAGGAUGAAGGAGAAAAAGUUGGCUAGUGAAGUCAUUGCAGUAUCCUGUGGUCCUACUCAAGCCCAGGAAACUCUAAGAACAGCACUAGCUAUGGGUGCCGAUCGAGCUAUCCAUGUUGAAGUUGCUGGACCUGAGUAUGAAACCUUGCAGCCGCUCCAUGUUGCAAAGAUUCUAGCUAAACUCUCACAGGAUGAGAAGGCUGACAUUGUCAUAGUAGGAAAACAGGCAAUUGAUGAUGACUCAAACCAAACAGCACAAAUGACUGCCGCGAUUCUGGACUGGCCUCAAGGAACCUUUGCUUCCAAGGUAGAGAAGAGCGACUCUGGUUUGACUGUGACUCGUGAGAUCGAUGGUGGUCUGGAAGUCAUUAAGACCAAGCUACCAGCCGUCAUCAGUGCUGAUCUUCGUCUCAACGAGCCCAGAUAUGCCACACUACCAAAUAUUAUGAAAGCAAAAAAGAAGCCUAUGAAGAAAGUUUCAGCUAAGGAUCUCGGUGUGGACUUAGCUCCCAGGAUAAAGAUACUUAGUGUUGAAGACCCUCCAGUGAGACAGGCUGGGUCUAUUGUACCAGACGUUGACACACUCGUUGCCAAGCUCAAGGAAGGGGGCCACGUUUAA